AGAGAAGGAGAGGGAAGAAUGCUUUCAGUUCAGAAGGAUACUAUUUAUGUGGCUUUGUAGGUUGGUGCUCUCCCAUAUGAUUACAUCAUUUAUCAGGCAGUUCUCAGCUAGGAAUCUUGCACUUCCAUUUCAUUUUCAUAGUAGAGCCAAAAGAGAGGCCAAUGUACAACUUGGGACAGGUGGGGGGAGGGAAAAUUGCUAGAGCACAGGAUCUGGAAUCUAGAAGAAAUGAAUUUAAAUCCAGCCUUACUAGCUGUGUAAUCCUUGGCAAGUCACUUAAUCUUUCUUCACCUACCACCUGGAGUGUGUGAAGAUUGGAUUUGGCUCUCCCCUGAUUGUAACAAUGAAGAUACCUAGCUCUUCCUUGACAGUGAAGAUAAAUUGUAAUCCCCUGUCUAUUUUUAGAUUUUAAUCCCCAAAGUGUUAACUCAGUAUUUAAAGUAGAUCUACCUAUUUUAACUAAAAAAGAUGUUAACUAACCUCAAAAAGUGUGAACACCUAUUUCAUACAUUGAGUGGGCAGUUGACACAAGAGAAAAAGGUCUUUAAAUAGAGGGAAUAAAAACAAAAAAGGAUAUAGUUCAAAGGAUUCAGUCACUCAGUAUCAAGGAUCAUUCAGUCACUUGGAAUUGGUCUGGAAAAGAUCAGUCACUUCAGCUUGGAGUGAAGAAGAGUCACUCAGAGGAGAGACUGGAAGACAGACACUCAGACUUGGAGUGAAGAUACUUGGCUGUGGAGCUGGACCCCUGGAGGAGCUCAUGCAGGAGUCCUCAGACUGCUUUUCCUUUUAGAUGGUCACUGUGAUCCUGACUCCUUCUUGAAGUCUGCCCGCCUACAGCAGUUACCCUCAUCCUCCUCAGAGAUGGGUAGCCAGGAUGGGUCACCUCUAAGGGAAACCAGCAAGGACCCCUUUGCAGCUGCAGCAGAGUGUUCCUGCCGCCAGGAUGGACUCACAGUCAUUGUCACAGCCUGCCUCACCUUUGCCACUGGAGUCACGGUGGCCCUUGUCAUGCAGAUCUACUUUGGGGAUCCCCAGAUUUUCCACCAGGGAGCAGUUGUCACAGAUGCUGCCCAUUGCACAGCUCUGGGCAUUGAGGUACUUAGUAAGGGUGGUUCUUCUGUGGAUGCUGCUGUGGCUGCUGCCCUGUGUGCAGGCAUUGUGGCCCCCCACAGCUCUGGCCUGGGUGGUUUCCACAUGCUCUCUUCCCUGUGCUAUGAUCUCUCCCUACCCAGGGGAGGAGUGAUGCUUGUCCAUGAUAUCCGAAGGAAUGAGAGCCGCUUGAUUGAUUUCCGGGAGACUGCUCCUGGUGCACUCCGUGAGGAAGCCCUGCAAAGAUCCUGGGAGACCAAGCCGGGUCUCCUUGUGGGGAUCCCAGGAAUGGCCAAGGGGCUGUAUGAAGCUCAUCAACUUUAUGGAAGGCUGCCAUGGUCCAAGGUUCUGGCAUUUGCCUCAGCUGUAGCUCAAGAUGGCUUCAAUGUGACCCAUGAUCUUGCCCGAGCCAUCUUGGAACAGCCAGUUCCCAAUGCUUCAGAGCGUUUCCGGGAGACCUUCUUCCCCGAAGGCCGGCCAUUGGUCCCUGGCACAUUUGUGAGGAGGCCAGAUUUGGCAGCUGUCCUGUCUUCUCUGGGCUCUGCAGGGGCCACAGCUUUCUAUGGGGGUGGCAACCUUACCCAGGAGAUGGUGUCAGAGGUGCAGCACCAUGGUGGAGUCUUGACUGAGGAGGAUUUCAGCAACUAUAGUGUACUAGUGGAGAAGCCUGUGCGUGGCGUGUAUCGAGGCCACUUGGUGCUCAGUCCCCCACCCCCCCACACGGGCCCUGCCCUCAUUGCUGCUUUGAACAUCCUAGAGGGCUUCAACCUUACGAGUCUGGUGUCCAGGGAGCAGGCUCUGCACUGGGUGGCUGAGACCUUGAAGAUUGCUCUGGCCUUGGCUAGCAGACUGGGAGAUCCCUUCUAUGACUCAACCAUCUCUGAGAGCACAGAAGACAUGCUCAGCAAGCUGGAGGCUGGGUACCUUCGAGGCCAUAUCAACGAUUCACAGGCGGACCCCGGCUCACUGCUCCCUGCCUAUGAGUUGGAUGGUGGUGCCACAGCUGCUCAGGUGCUGGUGAUGGGGCCUGAUGACUUCAUUGUAGCUGUGGUCAGCUCACUGAACCGCCCCUUCGGCAGUGGCCUCAUCACGCCCUCUGGGAUCCUGCUAAACAGCCAGAUGUUGGACUUCUCCUGGCCCAAUAAAACUGCAAACCAUUCAGCACCCAGCCUGGAAAAUGCCAUUCAUCCUGGGAAGAGGCCACUGUCCUUCCUGCUGCCCACAGUGGUGAGGCCAGCUGAAGGACUUUGCGGGACUUACCUGGCUUUGGGAGCCAAUGGUGCUGCCCGAGGACUUAGCAGCCUCACCCAGGUCCUGGUGAACGUGCUGACCAUGAACAGAAAUCUGAGUGACAGCCUAUCCCUAGGGCGCCUCCACCCCGAGCUCCAAUCCAACAUCCUCCAGGUGGACAGUGAAUUCACAGAGGAAGAGGUUGAGUUCCUAGAAGCUCGGGGCCACCGGGUUGAGAAGGUAGAUGUUCUGUCCUGGGUCCAUGGAGGCCGGAGAACCAACAACUUCAUCAUUGGGGUGAAGGACCCUCGAAGCCCUGAUGGAGCGGGUGCCACCAUCUUAUAGGGGUGGGUGGGUGGGGCAGGGACAGGCACUGCAGCACAAAUACCCCUUUGCAUGUUCCAAGAGCCCCUUGGAGCCCUGCCUCCCCCUGGGCAAGGGAGGGAGGUAGGGGACUGGCACUGAGUGGGUCUGAGGACCUGAGGCUCCCAUUGGUGCCUUCAAGCUCUGCCCUGGGCCUGGGGACCAGAGGAGAUUUAUAUCAAACACAAUUCCAGAAUAAUUGACAAAUUCCACAGUUGAUGGGUGUGGCCUGACAGACCUCAGGCAAGAAGAAAAGAAGAAAGAUUCUGCCUCCUUCCAAUACUUCCCACUCUUGAGAGGCUUAGGGAAAUGCUUGCUUAAAAAAAAAAACAAAAACAAACACAAAACACCCAGGUGGCCCUACCCAUCCUCCUAUCUACCAACCCUCUGCAUCUUGCCCCUCCCCUCUCCUCUGUCUCAUUUCUUAACUGACUUGGUUUUUUUAAACUGACCAUCCAGGAGCAAGGGGCCCUCAUUCUCCUUCUCUCUUUCCCAGAAGUAGGAAGGAUCUGAGGGAGAGGUGAAGGGAGAAGGGGCCACAUAAGGGUGGGAUGGGGUGGGGGAAACAGCUCAGGGGCUUCCACUUCCCAAGAGGAAUUAAAGAGAAAGUUGCUUAAGAAA